GCAAACGGCUGAGGGAGGAGCCGGAGCCCGAGGUUCUGCCAACUAGACGAGGGAAAGGCGGAGCUUGAGUCUCAGGAGGAGCCUGGGCUCAGCCUGCUCGGUAGUUUCCCCGGAGAGAGGCAGGAGCAGCAUCCCGAGCGAUCGCAACCCCGCCGAGCAUCCUCUCCAGCAUCCCGAGCCCGGGAUUGCACGGGUGCGGGAGACGUGAAACCAUUCCAGGAUGGCUUAUUUUGGGCUAUUCUCUUUGCUGGCCAUGCAAUAUGUGGUGAUAGGGGCGGCUUUCCCAGAUGAGCCCAUGGCAGAGUGGUCAGUGAAUAUGUACAAUCAUCUUCGAGCCACUGGCGAAGAUGAAAACAUCCUCUUUUCCCCUCUGAGCAUUGCCCUUGCAAUGGGAGUGAUGGAACUUGGGGCUCAAGGCUCUACACUGAAAGAAAUCCGUCAUGCAAUGGGAUAUGAUGGCCUGAAAAAUGGUGAAGAAUUUUCUCUCUUAAAAGAUUUCUCUGAUAUGGUAUCUGCUGAAGAGAGCCAAUAUGUGAUGAAAAUUGCCAAUUCCCUCUUUGUGCAAAAUGGGUUUCAUAUCAAUGAUGAGUUCUUGCAAAUGAUGAAAAAGUACUUGAAUGCGGAAGUCAAUCAUGUGGAUUUCAGCCAAAAUGUCGCUGUGGCCAACUACAUCAAUAAGUGGGUGGAGAAUUACACAAACAGUCUGUUGAAGGAUUUGGUGUCGCCCGGGGAUUUUGAUGCUGUCACUCAUCUGGCCCUCAUCAACGCUGUGUACUUCAAAGGGAACUGGAAAUCCCAGUUUAGACCUGAAAAUACCAGAACUUUUUCCUUCACUAAAGACGAUGAAAGUGAAGUGCAGAUUCCAAUGAUGUAUCAACAAGGGGAAUUUUAUUAUGGGGAAUUUAGUGAUGGAUCCAAUGAGGCUGGUGGCAUCUACCAAGUCCUAGAAAUACCUUACGAGGGAGAGGAGAUCAGCAUGAUGCUGGUACUGUCCAGACAGGAAGUUCCCCUGGCCACACUGGAGCCUCUGCUCAAAGCACAGCUGAUUGAAGAAUGGGCAAACUCUGUUAAGAAACAAAAGGUGGAAGUAUACCUGCCCAGGUUCACAGUGGAUCAGGGAAUUGAUUUAAAAGACAUCUUUAAAGCCCUUGGAGUCACUGAAAUUUUCAUCAAAGAUGCAAAUUUAACUGCCAUGUCAGAUAGGAAAGAGCUGUUUCUCUCCAAAGUUGUUCACAAGUCCUUCAUAGAGGUUAACGAAGAAGGGUCAGAAGCAGCUGCAGCCUCCGGAAUGAUUGCAAUUAGCAGGAUGGCUGUGCUGUACCCGCAGGUUAUUGUCGACCACCCGUUUUUAUUUCUCAUCAGGAACAGGAAAGUUGGUACCAUCUUAUUCAUGGGACGAGUCAUGCACCCUGAAACCAUGAACACAAGUGGACAUGAUUUUGAGGAACUUUAAAUGAUGAUGUUGGAAUCAAAAGAAAGCAGUAGUAAAGCACAUUAUGUUUGCAAUUGGUAUAUAUAGGAUUUUUGUUUUAUGGUGUUAUUUAAGGUAAUACUUAAAAUAGCUCUGGAUAGAAGUAAUACAGGUGCCCUGUAAGUCAGCCUGUCAAGAAACCUUAUCAGCAUUAGAGAUUAUGGUCCUGUUGCGUCACUGUGUCUGUUGUGCUGUUGUUUGAAAUAAAAGUCUCUACUGAACUUGUGAACAACCUUUUCAUUCUGGAGGUAGUUGUAGUCUGCACACCACUAUGGCUGAGAUUUGGAAACUCUGCUGUUUCUUUAGGAGUUGUAGUAAGAUAAUGCUACAAUGCAAAAUGUAGAAACUGCUGUCUCUGCGUUCCUUCAUGAUCAUGGAGAAUCAACACCAAAGUGAACAAAUUUAGAGACUUUAUGUAUUUAAUAAGCAAUAAUGUGAAGUGGAGGCAAGUAAGCCACAAGCAUUGGAACUGUCAUUUACUGUAAGGCUCCGUGACAAAACUUUUGGCAAAAAAAGUUGGAAUAUGUAAAGCCUAUAGGUGUUACUGAUUUGUGUGUAAACUGUAGUUUAUGCUUUUAAAGUCAUUAUAGUAUACCUGCUAUAUUUGUGUUUUAAAGUUUUCUGUGAAUCUAUAGACCACAUGACUCUAGUCACAAGCUCAAACAUCUUGUUACCCACUCUCGAUGGCAUCAAGAGAGCCUCCCCCACCACACACACAUGAAGGGAUUGUCUUGUACCAUUUAGGUGAUUUUUUUUCUAUGUUCACACAAAGAUGAAAUCACCCAAUGACACAUUUCCUAGAAUAUAUCUAAGUUAUCAAGUGGUACCUUGAUGUACCAGCUACCUAGAUGUUUUUACUUUAUAGAAAAGCCUGGGUUAAAACCAGUCUCGCUGAACAUAGUGGACAAUGAGGACUACUGAGACCCCAAGAACAAUGGCAAUGGGUUUUUGAUCCUACUGCACCCAUUGGUUUUGUGGGAGCCUAGGCAGUUUGGAUGCUCACCUUACUAGACCUGGAUGGAGGUGGGUGGUCCUUGGACUUCCCACAGGGCAGGGAACCCUGAAUGCUCUUUGGGCUGACGAGGAAGGGGGAUUUGAUUGGGGGAGGGGGAGGGAAAGGGGAGGCGGCGGUGGGGAAGAGACAGAAAACUUUAAUUAAUUAGUAAAGAAAUAAAUAAAUUAAAAAAAGAAAGAAAAAAAAGAAAAAUCAUUGAUCAUAUGAAAUCAAUGCUUCUCAAAGUUGGUGUGAGAUGCUGUCACCUGGUCGGUCACUUAUUACAAAUACAGGUUCUUAUCCGGGAUGUCUAAGACAGAGUGGGGAACCAUACCUUUCUGUUUUUAAAAUUUUUUCUUUAAAAGUCUUUAUUUCAUUUGCAUGGUAACCACAGUUCUCCCCUCCCUCCCCCUUCUCUCACUCUCCCCACUUACCCACCAACCCAACCAUCCAUCCACUCCUCAGAAAGGGUAAGACUUCCCAUGGGGAGUCUGCACAUAAUCCUUCCUUCUUUUCUGUGACUGGGCUCAGCCCAGUGCUUGGUUGUGGAUCUCUGCAUCUUCUUCCACCCAUUUCUGGAUGAUGGUUCUAUGAUGACAGUUAGGGUGGGGCCAUCCCUUUCUAACAAGCUUCCAGAUGAUGCCACAGGUUUUGACCAUGGGAUUUGCUGUUUGUCACUUGGGUAGCAAAAUUCUACUUAAUGUAAGCAUCAUAUGCUUGCUAUUCAUAUAAAGAAAUGGAAAAAAACCUCUCAUUUUCACUGACUGAACUUAGAAGGAAUUAGGGUGGGGACAGGAAUGUAAUCUGCAUUAAUAAUACAAUUCCCUUGUCAAGAACUGGUAUAACUUUAAAGUUUUUUUUCUAGUACACACUAUAGAUAAAUGUGAGAUUCUUCUGUAUAUUACAACACUUAAAGUAGUUUUUAAAAAUAUGAAGACAUUUAUAGGCCAUACCCAUGGAAGAAUUUAUGAAUAUCCAAGGACAGAGUACUUAACACUGAAUCUUUUACAGUUUAUAUUUUCAGAAGACUAGCUGUUUAUUCAUAAAUCUUCAUGUUAUUGUAGAAUAGAGCUCUUGUUUUCAUUUGUAAUUUAUUUAGCUAGGAUGGCUGAUGCUGAUUCAGUGUUCACAUUCUGCACUAAGACAGUAUUUAUCUCUGUAUUCUUCUUGUGAAUAUUGCACACAUGGCUAUACCUGUAUGUUCAUCAAUUAACUGAAUGUAUUGCCUGUAAGGAAGAAUAAAAAUCAU